CCUUCCGUAGGCCUGCGGUCAUUGGCUGGGCUGGAGGCAGCUGACAGGCGGAGGCAGGCGAGGGAGCUUCAAGGAUGGCGGCCGCCACGGCGCUGAUCCUGCCGGAGAGCCCCAGCAUGAAAAAAGCAGUGUCGCUGAUAAAUGCAAUAGAUAUAGGAAGAUUUCCACGAUUGCUCACCCGAAUUCUUCAAAAACUUCACCUGAAGGCUGAGAACAGUUUCAGUGAAGAAGAAGAAGAAAAACUUCAGGCUGCGUUUUCUCUGGAGAAACAAGAUCUUCAUCUGGUUCUCGAAACAAUCUCGUUCAUUUUAGAACAGGCGGUGUAUCACAACGUGAAGCCAGCGGCUUUGCAGCAGCAGUUAGAGGCCAUUCAUCUCACACAAGACAAAGCAGAGGCAUUCGGCAGUGCUUGGUCUUCUAUGGGUCAAGAGACCAUUGAAAAAUUCAGGCAGAGGAUUCUUGCUCCCCACAAGCUCGAGACCGUCGGAUGGCAGCUUAACCUUCAGAUGGCUCACUCUGCUCAGGCGAAACUGAAGUCUCCUCAGGCUGUAUUACAGCUAGGAGUGAGCAAUGAAGAUUCCAAGAGCAUGGAGAAAGUUCUUGUGGAAUUCAGUCACAAGGAGUUGUUUGAUUUCUAUAACAAGCUGGAGACCAUACAAGCGCAGCUGGAUUCCCUCACGUGAUUGUUCCCGAAGACUGGCUUCUCCAUCACACUCCUGCCACCUCAUCAUUCUGCCCCGAAGAUGGGCUGCCAGGUUCUGUUUUCCAAAGGAUUCGGUAGCUUUCCUCUUGUAAACAACAGGGCUUACUGCUUCUUAGAGUAAUAACAGUCAAGGGAAAUCAUUGUCUCGAGAGCUUCUAAUACCCAUUCUCUCCUCCUGUGAGCCAACGGCAAACAAUUGUUAAGAAUGCAUUCGAUUGGAAGGAAACAGUAAAUACCAUAUUGUUAUUA